AUGGAGAUAAUGAGGUGCGGUCGAGUUAUUUUAGAGAGAAGAUCGCUCCCCUACUCGUCCUCGACCUCUGUUGGUAUGGCUUCCCCCGCAAAUCCUCGACCCCGUCUUCCUCGCCGAGCCGCAUCUACUGUCCGACCUGCCUCCUUCGCUCGUACCACUCGUCCCCAGACUGCACGCCCAUCCCGGUCGAUCACUCCUGUUCGUCCCCGGGCCCCGCCUACUGCUCCGCCCUUCACUCCGACGCCCCUUCAGUCAAUUGAUCCCUCUCGACCAACUUAUAUCCCGGGUCGCGGCCUCGGUCGAAGAUUAGCCAAUGUCACAUAUGCCAGCCCUGCCUUUAGAGAAGCCUCUCAAGCAGCUCGACGGGCCCAUUCUAUGAAUGAUUGUGUGGAUCGAGAUGCCCCCUCUGCUUCUCGACGCAAGGCUCGACUACCAUCUGAAGAUUCUGACUCAGAUGAUCAGCCUUUGGCUCAAAGACUUCGAUGUCGAACCCCUCAUCCUGUGCCAGACUCAAGCCCUUCCGCUAUCCCUUCUUCUUCACCUCUUGUUGCAACCGCCUCUCCUCCUUCGCCUCCUAUUGCGACCCCACCUCCUCAUCGGAGCACUAAGGUCGGCCCUUCGCAUCGCCCUUCGCAUCGCCCUUCGACAGCUACUUCACCGCCAGAGCCGUCUCAAGUGCCCCCUUCAGCUCCUUCUGGGUCAGCUGUCGGGCCUUCUGGAUUAGCUGCAAGGCCCUCACAACCUCCACCACCUGUUUCUCACUUUUGUCGUACCACUGCUCCUUCUGAGGUUGGGCUACAGUCACGGUACGAUGUUCCCACCAGCUUCUUGAUAAUGAAAGGUCGUUUGGCCACCUUGUGGGGAGAGAGCAUGCAUCAGAUAGAACUCUUGCCGCCCCAUGCCCAGAUGGAGAGAUUCUCUGAGUUGUAUAUCAAGGCCUGUGCAGAGUCCCUGAUAGUAAACCAGUCAUUCCAUUCUAUUCACCAUCAAAAUAAGGUGCUACGGGACAGGGUUGCCGAACUAGAGCUACAACUGAAUGACCCUGCACAAGCUAGCCAUGCCCUGAGGGCCGAGAUAAAGGAUCUGACCAAAAGGAAGAACCAUCUGGAAGUAUCCUUGGCUCAUACUAACCACAGGUUUAAGGUUCUUCAAGAAGAAAAAAUCCAGGUUGAUGUUGCGCACCAACAACGCAUGGACCAACAGACUUUAGAGCAUCAACGAUCUAUUGAUCAAUUAACCCAGAAGCUGAGAGCUGCCGAAACUUUAGCACAGGAGCAGGACAAGAAAUUAAAAUUCCAGGUAGCCCAAUUAAUAUCUCAAACAACAGAACUUCUGACAGCCCGGACUGAACUGGCUCAGGCCCCGGCUACUACUGAAGGUGUAUCUACAGCCCUGGCCAUCUAUAAGGAAGGAGAGAAUGACCGCUGUCAAUAG